CUUUUGACGCGUUGAAAGCAAGAAUUGCGGUUUUUCAACUAUAUCUUGCUCAGAAUAAUCCAAGUAACGAUUCAUUAAGUGCUUCUAAAAAACAGGCAAAAAAAACAUGGGAGCAAUUUGAAAACAGUUAUCUGGAUAAGAUUUUUCCGCCUAAUGCUGAACAACCGUCAAGGCGUCUUAAUCAAUAUUUAGAGAGAAGAGAUGUGGAGACUAAAGACGUUCUAAGUUCUCAAAUGGAACAUAGCCCUGAAAGUUCACAGGUUACAACACAAGAUCACAAUAUUGAGAAUGAUUAUGGCACGCCUUUUAUCGAUCAAUCAGAUGGUUUAAUAAGGCCAACUAUCCGAUCGAAUAAGUAUGCCGAUUCAUUUCGUAAAUUUCAUAAAUUCUCUGAGCAAGAAUUAAAUCAACAAUUAGAACAAUUCAAAAAUAGUGCGACUGAUGAUCAUGAAAUAACUGUUCAAUCUACUGACAUGGAGCAGGAUGGUUUUACAUCGAUGGAUCCAUUAAUAGGUUCUUCAUCCAAUGUCAUAAGUAACAUAAGUAACAUAAGUAACAAAAGCCCGUCAAAAUCAAAAUCAGUUGUUGAGACUGUUGAAAGACAAUCGCCGAUAAUUGAAAGACAAUCGCCGAUAAUUGAAAGACAAUCGUCGUUAAUUGAAAGACAAUCGUCAAUAAUUACGGCUCCUGAGUCACCAGAAAUUCCACAUGAUGAUGAUGACAUGAUUAUUGACUCUGUUGAAACGGAUAAAAAUGAUUCACCUAAGAAGCGAAAAUCAGGGGCAUUACGACAAGGUGGUUGGACUCAGAGAGAACUAAAUUUCCUUAUUAAAGGAAUGGAGAAGUAUGGAACUAGCUGGUCAAAGAUAGAAAGAAAAUAUGGAAACUCUGGAGGUCCGCUUAGUAGGCGAACACAAGUGAACAUGAAAGACAAAGCUCGAUCAGAAUUAGAUCGACGAUUAAGGUGUGGAUUAUCACCUGGAGUAUUUAGUCAAGUCAGGUAA